AUGCCCCGCAACCUAUUGGACAUUGUUGAAGCCAUCGACAGCUUCCCAUACUAUGCCGACGACACACAAGCGUACGUCACCUUCAUGCAAGACUUUUACUACUUCACCAUCGAUGAGUAUCCCAAGCCUUUAGGUUACGUCCACUCUUCCAUCAUCGACAACGUCGCAUGGCCCGAUUGUUGGACCAUUGACCCUGCACGUCGAACGCUGAAUCUGCAUGUCCCAGCUGGUCCAGGCACUCCCUUCGACGUGCGGACUGAACUCGUCAAUGACACCGUGGCCCGCGCCAAGAAAGAAGGCAAGAUCAAGGAGAUGACCUGGAGCGGGGAGCCAAUGGCCGUUUACACUCCGGACGGUGAGCAUGUUUUCAACAUGAACAACCUUGGGAGCCAACUGCUCGGCGUAAUCUGCUUUGGCGUGCACCUGAUCGCUUGGACCGUCGUUGACAGCAAAAGGCUGUAUUGGCUUCAGAGACGGUCCGAGACGAGGCCCAUCCAUCCCGGGAAGCUCGACACGCUCGCCGGUGGAGGCAUCAAGGUUGGCGAACCCAUCAUCGACGCCAUGGUAAGAGAGGCAUUUGAGGAAGCCAGCAUCCCCAAGGAUUUCUCGACAUCUCACCUUCGACCUUGCGGCAUUGUCUCUUAUCAUUUGUCACACAGCCAUCUCAACAACCCGGGGUCUUUCCCUCACGCACUCCACGUCUUCGAGAUGGAACUGCCUACCGAUAUGAUUCCGAAGCCCAACGAUGGCGAGGUUUCUGAAUUCGUCACCAUGACAGAGUCCGAGGUCAUGGCCGCAUUGUUUCGGGACGACUUCAAGCCCAUUGUUGGCAUACAAUGGGUAGCGCAUUUCUGCAGGACCGGCGCUCUGACUCUGGAAAACGAACCGAGGCUGUUGGAGAUGUGCGCAAGAACACACCGGAACCUGGCCAGUUUUGUAGUCUAG